CUCUCUCUCUCUCUCUCUACAAAGUCAAAAUUUUCCAUAAAAAUUUUCAUUUUCUGUAUAUAUAUCAGAAGAUCGAUUUUGAUCAUUGUUCUAAUUGAAAAUAAAAAUUGAAUCUUUGAGUAUAUAUACAUAUUUGUUGCAUAAAAACAAAAAUGGCGGAGAAGUCGCCGGAAAUGGUGAUACCGCAGGGAGCCAUGUCGCUGGAGGAGUACGCGCAGGUGGAGCACGUGAUCCGCACGUACCAUACUUUCCCGCCAUUGCCGAGGACGUGCACCUCACUCAUCACGCAGCGGAUCGACGCGCCGGCGGACGACGUCUGGCCCAUCGUCCGGCGGUUCGACAAUCCCCAGCGGUACAAACACUUUAUAAAAAGCUGCCGCCUGCUCGACGGCGGCGACGGCGGUGGCGACGCCGUCGGAGUCGGCAGCGUUAGGGAGGUCACGGUGGUUUCCGGCCUCCCCGCCUCCACCUCCACCGAGCGGCUGGAGAUUCUCGACGACGACCACCAUGUCCUCAGCUUCCGAGUCGUCGGCGGCGAGCACCGGCUCAAUAAUUACCGGUCGGUAACCUCCGUCAACGAAUUUUCCGGCGACGGCGGCGGGAAGGUUUACACUGUUGUGAUUGAAUCGUACAUCGUCGAUAUACCGGAGGGGAACACCGGCGAGGACACGAAGAUGUUCACCGACACAGUGGUGAAGCUGAAUCUGCAGAAGCUGGCGGUGGUGGCGACGGCGGCGUUGCACGGCCGCCAUGAAUCGUGAUCGAUCGGGAGAUUUGGUUGAUUUCGGAGACGAUGGUUGAAUCCGGCGGCCGGCGGCGAACGCAGGCCGGAAGUGGGAGGUGUGAGCACGGCGGCGAUGGCGGUGGAAGAAAGUACUGCGGCGGCGGCGCCGGUCUUUUGCUGUUUUUUAUUUUUAUUAUUAUUAUUAUUUUUAAAAAUUUUAGGGUUUGCUUGUUCGCUGGAGUUGAUUUAUAUAAUAUUGUGAAUUGGUCAGAAAUAGAAUAAGGAAGUGCGCAUUAGUGACAAUGUUGCUCGUCGUCACCACAGAUUCGUUGACAUAAUUAUAUAGUUAUAUAAUAAUAUUAAUAUAAUAAUAAUAAUAUUAUAAUCAGACGACAUCACUAUUUUGCCACCGGCCCACUGUUAUCGCCGCCGCCGCCGUCGCCGCCGACAAAGAAGAAGGAGGAGGAGAAUACAAUAGUAGAAGUAGAAG